AUGAUCGUCCUUGCAGGCAUCCAGCCCACUCCACUCAAUCGACAGCAAACCGACCAAGUUCGGGCUCAACCGGCGGAGCAGUCCCUACGCAUCUCAUCCUACAACACGGCCGGCAACCCGCCGUCGAUUCGAAACACAGACACCGACAUUCGCAAGGCCAACCUCUACGAGCCUGCUACUUUAAAUGACUCGUAUUCCGGCGCCGAGGUCCUGUUCCUCGUUUCAUUCCCGUCCAUGGAAGAGGAGCCUGGCGCUUCACGCCGCACCGCAAUGUCAUCGACGCCGCAAGGGCCGUCGGCGUACAAGACGUCAUUUACACAUCGCUUUCGCUCUGCGAACGCGCCGAGGGAACUACCAGCGUUGCGCAAGUAG